AUGGCGUUAGCAAUAUUGUUAUUCCUGGGUCUUCUCCUUAGUUCAUCAUGUGAGGCCUACAAAGCGCUGGUGGUGUUUGGAAUGCCAUCAACUAGUCACUUUCAUCUAGGCAAUGGCGUUGUUAGAAAUCUGUUAAGAGACGGACAUGAGGUAACAUACAUCACACCAAUCGAAUAUAAGAACCCCCCACCGAAUCUUAGGCAGAUUGACGUGAGCAGCAAUUUCGACGUCUUGCCAACAUACCAAAUAAAUUUAAAACAUCUGAUGGAAGCCCCCAAGCCGAGCGGUCAUCGAAACUUCGUGAAGCUGAUGUUGAUAAAUCUGGUGAUGAAAACGCUGGAACAUGAAAAUGUACAGAGACUGUUGAAUGAUACCAAUGAACACUUUGAUGUGGUCAUUGUUGAGCAUAUGAUGUCGGACCUUAGUGCAAGUUAUGCUACAAUAUUCGACUGUCCUAUGAUCUGGGUGAGUCCUGUAGAAGUGAACGCGUUGUCAAUUGGAUUGAUCGAUGUUUUACCUAAUCCAGCUUAUACUACGGACACUAUGGCAUUAUAUACGGCGCCCUUUACAUUCUUGGAGAGAUUGGAAGAGCUAUGGAUGAGGAUCAGUGAUAGUUACAACGACUACAUGGUUUAUGAACCUACAGAGGAAGCAGAAUAUCAGAGAUUAAUUGUACCUCAACUUCAAAAGAGAGGUCGGCAAGUUCCACCAUAUAGUGAAGUCCGAUAUAACGCAACUCUAGUGUUGGGUAACUCACAUGUGUCUACUGGGAUUCCACUAGGUUUACCGCAGAAUUACAAGUCUAUUGGAGGCUAUCAUAUCGAGGAAGAAGUCAAGCCAUUGCCUGAGGACUUGGAAAAGAUAAUGAUGAACUCUAAAAACGGAGUCAUAUAUUUCAGUAUGGGAUCCAACUUGAAGAGCAAGGACUGGCCAGAAGAGAUCAAACGUGAUCUCCUUAAAUUGUUCGGAGAAUUAAAACAAACAGUGAUAUGGAAAUUUGAAGAGGAAUUGCCAAAUGUACCGAAAAAUGUUCAUAUUUUGAAAUGGGCACCGCAACCCAGCAUUUUAGCUCAUCCAAAAUGCGUGCUAUUCAUAACACAUGGAGGGUUACUUUCUACGACAGAAACUAUUCACUACGGUGUUCCUACUAUUGCCAUACCUGUCUUUGGAGAUCAGUUCAUCAAUGUCAAGAAAGCCGUCGCCAGAGGUUAUGCUUUGGAAGUUAAGCUGUCUCACUCAAUAGCUGUCGAGUUAAAAGUGGCGAUUCAGGAAAUGCUGAACAAUCCUAAGUACAGACAGCGAGUAAAGGAGCUAUCCUACAUCUACCACGACCGACCAGUGAAGCCGGGAGCAGAGCUGCGACACUGGGUGCAGCAUGUAGUGAAUACGCGCGGCGCUCCUCAUCUACGCUCUCCUGCACUACAAGUGCCUUUAUAUCAACGACUGUACCUAGAUCUAGCAGCCCUACUAUUAGUAGUUAUUCUAGUUCUUAAAGUAUUGCUAAAGAAUCUGUACCACCGAAUUAGACCUAAAAAGACGGUAAAUAUUAAGAAAAAGGAUAAGAAAAAUUAA